CGCGCUUUUGAAACAGUCUCUUUUAUUUCGGGGACUUUUCCCAGGUUUGGGCCUCUUGGGGAACUUCUUUCUCGCCUACUGAAUUCCCAGGCCUCCAGGUGCGGCGGAGCUGCCCACCGUGCGCGGCGAUGAAAAGGACGCGCGAGGAGGUGGACGCGACGCUGGAGAUCGCCAAGCUGAACGCGGCCGAACUACUCCCUGCGGUACACUGCCUGGCCUUCGGCCCCAGGGCCAGCGGCGCCGCCGCCGGCGACUUCUGCCUGCUGGAGCUGGAACCCGCGCUGUGCCAGCAGCUGGAGGUUGGACACAGUCUUGUGAUUCGUGGUGAUAAAGAUGAACAGGCUGUACUCUGCAGUAAAGAUAAAACAUAUGGCUUGAAAAUAGCAGACACUUCAAAUAUGUUGCUUUUUAUUCCUGGUUGUAAAACUCCAGACCAGCUGAAGAUGGAAGAGACACCCAAUAACAUUAUUCACACUGAGAUCUUUGGUUUUUCUAAUAAUUAUUGGGAAUUAAGAAGUUGUAGACCUAAAUUAAAGAAGCUGAAGAAGCUUUUGAUGGAGAAUACCUAUGAAGGACCUGACAGUGAAAAAGAACAGGAACCAAAUCGCUCAAAAUACACAACUGAAGAUUUGUUUGAUCAAAUUCAGGCAAGUGAAGAAGAGAUUAUGACCCAAUUACAAGUUCUUAAUGCCUGCAAGAUUGAAGGUUAUUGGAGGAUUCUUGAAUUUGAUUAUGAGCUGAAACUUCUGAAUCAUGUAACUCAGCUUGUAGAUUCUGAAUCUUGGUCUUUUAGUAAAGUUCCUUUGAAUAUCUGCCUUCAGGAACUUGGGCCAUUGGAACCAGAGGAAAUGAUAGAACACUGUCUUAAAUGUUAUGGAAAGAAAUACAUAGAUAAAGGUGAAGUUUAUUUUGAAUUGAGUGCUGAUAAAAUAUGCAGAGCAACAGCACAAAUGCUACUUCAGAAUGCAGUGAAAUUUAAUCUUGCUGAGUUUCAAGAAGUAUGGCAACAAAGUGUUCCUGAAGGAAUGAUAACUAGGCUUGAUCAGCUGAAGGGUUUAGCACUGGUGGAUAGACACUCAAGACCAGAAAUCAUAUUUUUGCUGAAAGUAGAUGAUUUACCUGAAGAUACUCAGGAACGUUUUAAUAGUCUAUUUUCUCUAAGGGAGAAGUGGACAGAAGAAGAUAUUGCUCCAUAUAUUCAAGAUUUAUGUGGAGAGAAGCAAACCAUAGGUGCAUUACUCACUAAAUAUUCUCGUUCUUCGAUGCAAAAUGGUGUUAAAGUUUAUAAUUCAAGAAGACCUAUUUCUUAAAAAAACAACCAUCUUUCCUUGGGACUGAAGUUGCUUAAUGAAGUUGGUGGUUAUAAGAAAAAUAUAUUUUUAUGUAUUUAUAAUCCUGACUUAAAAAUCUAGUCCUUUAAGGCAUUAUUCUCACCUUCAGCUUACAUUUUUCAUAUUUCUUAAGUGCAAUACGAUAUUUUUACACCUUCGAAGUUAUGUUUGUAUUAUGUACACAGUGUAAACAAGGACAAAAGAUAUACUAAAUACAUUUCCUAUAUGUAGUAUAUCUCUGAGGUCUAUAUGGUUGUAUUUACAGAAUGAUUCUUUGCCUUUUAUAGAUAUUUAAGAUACCAUUUCUUUAGGAUUUGAUGGUCUAAUCAUUUCACAUUUAAGUUUUUUUCAGAGAUUUAAAUAGAGAUAGUUUUAUAGAAGAGAAUUAUUUAUUCACUUACAUGUCAUGUCUCAAGUGAGUAAGUUCUCCACUUUCAACCCUCUACCAAAACAGGAAGUCACUAGAUGCUAUCAGUUAUCUCAUUUAGUUCUCUGCAUUGAUGGAAUUCGCUUGAUAAUUGAUUGCUCCUCUGUUCACUUGGCUGGUGUAGAUGUGCACUUUGAGAUGAAAUGGGUUUGAUCCUCAAUCCUAUGUGAAGAAUACUCAGAGCAGUUUACAAUCCUAUUAAUGGAUAAUAGUGGCACAGGUAAUACUCACUAGACAACUACAAGUAAUUUCUAGUUGAUUUUGGAAUGGUUGAUGAAGUUCUUUUGUGGCUUUAUUUUACUAAUUUGCCUUGGUUUAAACCAGUGUUUAAAUUAAUUUUAAUUUAGCUAAAACAUCACCAGGACAGUUGGAGGGGGCAGGCCAAGGUUAAAUCUGGUUCAAGGUAAAAAAAAAAAAAAGAUAAUGUAUAAUCCAUAAUUAAUUAACCAAGAUUUUACUGUUA